AUGGCGAAUACUGGUAACUCGAGCGCAGUAUUUUUUCUCGGCACAAGAGCCCACUAUCAGGUCUUAGACCAACCGGAAACCUAUGAUCCGGAAAGCGGAAAUACAUCCACAGAAACCCUGUACCAGAAUACAUCAGUUGAAGAACUUUGGAAUAGGGAAGUUCAGGAUUGUGACAGCCCUAAUUGUAACCAACCAUCCUGGUGCUAUGAGACGGAUGUAAAUGUGAACUUUGAAAAUGAUAUCGGUGUUAAGAAAAGGUUCAAUCGUCAGUCGAAUGAAGCACUCCUUUGUGACAAUUUGCAACCUGCUGUCUUAAACGGAAAUCAAGACAGGUAA